UUUCUUUAAAGGAACAUUCGAAUAUGUACAGGAAACGAAAUGAUGUCUGAAAAUUCAUCGAGGAAGUGAGCUGCUAUCAACGAAUAGCCCCAUCCCUCACCGCCUCAUGGUCAUGUGACUUGCGCCUGGCCAACGCGUUAUCGUCAACUGACCUCAUGCUUUGAAUCCGAGAUGAUGUUGGAUCUGCGACGGCGAUCGAUUUUCUGCAGUCUCAUUUGCCAAAUUACACCUGUAGAACUGUUUUGCGCUCAUCUCUGACGUGCUCAGUCCUUGGAUGGAUAAUGAUUAUUGUUCCCGUUUUCUCAACACCCAUGAGAUGAGGUCACCUCGAUACGAUGGGGCAAGGCUAUUCUCUCACAACCCUCUCGGCAGGGUCUGCCGGAAUCGAUGUUCCCGAGCUAUCAGAUUUGCUGUAUGAGAAGUCCAUGGGUGGUGGACGGUUCAUGAAAAGUAUCCGAGCAAGGAAGCAAAAUGGCCUGGUUUUUGUAAAGGUAAUCAUGAAGCCUUACCCCAGCAUGAAACUGGAGCGUUAUAUCAAAGCCAUAAUUCGGGAGCGCAAGUUGCUAUCCGAUGUACCAAAUGCAUUGAGCUAUCAUCGAAUCCUGGAAACCAGUACUGGUGGUUAUCUUGUUCGUCAAUAUAUCCACAGUUCUCUGUAUGAUCGCAUGAGUACUCGCCCAUUUCCGGAGCACAUUGAGAAAAAAUGGAUUGCUUUUCAACUUCUAUGUGCCCUUCGGGACUGCCAUUCCCUCGAUGUUUUCCAUGGCGAUAUCAAGACAGAAAACGUUUUAGUUACUUCAUGGAACUGGCUAUACCUUUCCGACUUUUCGUCAUCUUUCAAACCGACGUUUCUCCCUGAAGAUAACCCCGCAGACUUUUCAUUCUAUUUUGACACCUCGGGGCGACGGACCUGUUAUCUAGCUCCAGAGAGAUUCCUUGUCGCGAGUGAGGAACCUGGCAGCAGAAAUGUCAAUUGGGCCAUGGACAUCUUCAGUGCAGGCUGCGUCAUUGCAGAAUUAUUCCUAGAAUCACCUAUAUUUACUCUGAGCCAGAUGUACAAAUACCGCAAAGGCGAGUACAGCCCAGAACAUAGUCAGCUGGCCAAGGUCGAGGAUCCAGAAAUCAGGGAAUUGAUCCUUCACAUGAUCCAACUUGAUCCAGAGUCUCGAUACUCUGCGGACGAAUACUUGAACUUUUGGAAAAACAAAGCGUUUCCGGAAUACUUUUACAGCUUUCUUCAUCAGUAUAUGUCUCUCAUGACCGAUCCAUCCUCGGGGAGAGCGCAAGUUGAAGCUGAAUCGGCAAACCGGGGAGAAUCGGACGACAGGAUAGAGCGGAUAUACUAUGAUUUUGACAAGAUAUCUUACUUUCUGGGGACAACAUCGAAACCUACAGAAGAUGGCUCGAGUUACACGGCCCCCAAACUAACGGGCAACCUUUUCCCUAUUCAUUUGGAUCUACCUGGAUAUGGAGGUCACGCUUCAAAAUCACAGCCUCAGACAGAUGACGGCGUAUUGAUUUUCUUGACACUGGUUGUUUCUAGUUUACGAAAUACGGCCAAAUCAUCCGCCCGGAUCAAAGCUUGCGAUAUUCUUCUUGCAUUUGCCGAGAGGCUAUCGGACGAAGCCAAGCUUGAUCGUAUUCUUCCGUACGUCAUGAUUCUACUGAAUGAUCGAACUGAUUCAGUGAGAAUUGCUGCCAUCCGGACCCUUGCCCGACUACUGGAAAUGGUCCACGUAGUUUCCCCAGUCAACGCCUAUCUUUUCUCGGAAUAUAUCUUUCCACGACUUCAGCCGUUCGUUGUUAGCUCAAACUCAAACCCAAGCCCAAUGGUUCGCGCUGCAUAUGCAUCAUGUAUUGCAUCGCUGGCGCAAUCUUCGCUCAGAUUUCUUGACAUGAUUCAGGCGUUACGUUCUGACACGCGCCUUCCAGCACUGAUACCAGCUGGGUCUCAACCAGGGUGGACGGAGGAUGCCACUUAUCACAACCUGUAUGAUGUUGCGAGAGUGGAUCUUCUCGACUAUUUCGAAGCUCAUACUAAGGCUCUUUUAACGGAUACUGAUGCGUCUGUCCGCCGGGCAUUUUUGGGUUCCGUGUCUAGCCUUUGCGUGUUCUUCGGCAACCACAAGACGAAUGAGGUCAUCCUCAGUCAUCUGAAUACAUACCUGAACGAUCGAGAUUGGAUCUUAAAAUGUGCUUUCUUCGAGGUAGUUAUUGGUGUUGCAAUUUACGUUGGCAGCACAAGUCUGGAGCAGUAUAUUUUACCAUUAAUGGUCCAGUCGAUGACGGAACCAGAGGAGUUUGUUGUAGAAAGAGUCAUCCGCUCUCUUGCAGUAAUGGCUGACCUUGGGUUAUUCCAACGAUCUACUACAUGGGACCUCCUGCAUAUUACAACGCGUUUCUUGAUACACCCUAGCUUUUGGAUUCGUGAGGCAUCGGCAUAUUUCAUCGUCAAUUCAACCAAGCAUAUGUCCGUGGCCGACAAAUACUCCAUACUCUCACCUCUUGUCCGGCCUUUUCUCAAGGUCAAUGUCCUGAGUUUUUCAGAGUCCGAAAUUCUCGACGCACUCAAGCGGCCACUUUCGCGGAGUGUGUAUGACAUGGCCUUUGUAUGGGCUUCAAAGGUUGAAAGAGGUGUUUUUUGGAAAUCAGCUAGUCGGGACGGGAUGUUCAGUUUGGGUGGCACCGAUGGUAUCCUAAGAGGAAGCCAAAGAAGCUCUACCUUAUCACUGGGCUCUGUGUCUAAAAAUGAAGAAGAUGAGCAGUGGCUAUCAAGACUGAGACACUUGGGGAUGGGCUCCGAAGAUGAGUUCAAACUGCUUGCUCUCAGGGAAUACAUUUGGCGGGUAUUAGUCCGUCAGACGAAAGACUCCGACAGUACACCAUACGCUUUGAAUAAUAUCAUCACAUUGACACAGUAUGGAGUUACCCCCCAGACAGUGUUCUUCGAUAAACAACAGAACGUCAGACCGCGGAGAGCGUCCUUGGGCAAAGCUGACUCCAAUCGCACGGCGGAACGCACACCACAUACUAUUGCAGAUGCGCUCCUCGAUGCUUCAACUACAAUCGAAAGUGCGCCCAGUACUCGCCGAAAGCAUUUACGGUCCAGGAGCCAACUGCAAAAAGAGAUAGCGGCUGGGGGAGCGCCACGACAAAAUACGCUAGACAACAUUCGAGCAGAGCUUUCCCCCGCAGAUUCGCCAAUAGCGUCAUCCCCGAGUGGUGCGCCAGGGUCCCGCCCUCUCUCACCUCGCGGUUCCGAUGGCAGACAGAGUCCUGGCCAGGAUAGCUCAUCGACACCAACCGAUGCGGAAAAUCCUGCUAUGAAGAAUUUGACUGUUGGCGUGCAGAGGAAAUCCAGCGCGAUAAGUCUAUUGAACCGCAAGGAGAUGCCAAAGGCGUAUGCAGAGACAAGCAUGAGCUCGGCGAAUGCUUUUGGCAAGGUUGACGUGCCAUCCCAACGGGAACCGCCAUCGCCAUCCCCUAUCACACUUGCCCAUGAGAGAAAUGCACACGAGGAGCCACAGAAAUACCGUGCCAAUCAUUCUUAUGGAGGAGAUGACCCAGUGGUCCUGAAAUUGCUCGAUUCGGUUUUUGCAGAGAAUUAUCCCACUGAUCUCUUUGAUCUUGGCCCAUAUGUAAAGGAGGCGGACGCCAGAAAACCGAUCAAGAGGUCCAAUGGCCUCGAUGGUAACAAGGUCUGGAAGCCGGAUGGAAGUCUUGUUGCUGUUUUUGGGGAGCACAGUGGGCCUGUGAAUCGGGUUGUAGUGGCACCUGACCAUGCGUUCUUCGUGACGGCUUCGGAUGAUGGAACAGUGAAAAUAUGGGACACGACUCGUUUGGAGAAGAACCUGGCUCCUAGAUCCCGUCAAACUCAUCGUCAUGCCACGGGGGUUAAAAUCAAAGCUUUGACAUUUGUUGAGAACACACACACCUUUAUCAGCGGUGGUACAGAUGGCAGCAUCCACGCUGUUAGGGUUGAUUAUCACAAUGUCAACGAAACUGUUCGCUACGGAAAGCUUCAACUCGUCCGAGACUUUCAACUACCGACAGGUGAUGAUGGCACGGCGGAGUACGCUGUGUGGAUGGAGCACUUCCGCUCUGAUGCGCAGUCGACGCUUCUUAUCGCGACCAACACAUGUCGCAUUCUCGCUAUGGACAUGAAGACCAUGCUUCCUAUCUACUCGUUGCAGAAUCCAGUCCAUCACGGGACACCCACUACAUUCUGCUGUGAUCGGAAGCAUAAUUGGCUGCUAGUUGGCACCACUCAUGGGAUUCUUGAUCUCUGGGAUCUUCGCUUCCGGGUUCGGCUGAAGGCCUGGGGACUGUCAGGGUCAGGAGCGAUCCAUCGACUCCAGGUCCAUCCGACGAAAGGGCGCGGGCGCUGGGUGUGCGUAUCGGGCAGUGGCACCCAUGGCAAUGAGAUUACAGUCUGGGACAUAGAAAAGAUCCGCUGUCGGGAAGUGUAUCAAGCGGACUCGCCCGGGGCCAGCAAUGGCGCACCGAACGGGGGACCGCAGAGCCCUCGCGGUGCCAACAACAUUGGAUAUAUGAGCUACAAGGACUACGAAGCGUGGCAUGUAGACGGCGACCGACCGGAAGGGAUGCUGAGCCGAUUUGCAACAAGUGGCCCAGGGUCUGCGGGUAUGGAGCCGUCAGGUCCGUCGAGCGCACCAGCAGGAAUAUGUGCAUUUUCCGUCGGAUUCGACUCGCCGGACGAUGGCAAAGACAACAGCACACGAUGCGGGUAUAUCGUAUCGGCGGGAUGCGAUCGCAAGAUUCGAUUCUGGGACCUGGCGCGACCGGAGCUCUCCACGAUCGUCAGCGGGCAGGAGGUGGUGUCAGACGGAGGAACGGUGGGCAAGCCACGAUACGAGCUGUCACAACCGGGAGCCAAUCUGAUAGUGACGACGGAGCACAUACCCAGUUCAUCCGCGAGUAGUGGAGGGGGCGGAAAGGGCAGCACGAAGAAGGGGGCCAGUGGAAGACCACCACGCAGCACAGUGAUCAGCCUACAGCAGCAGCAACUGCUGAAGACGCAUUUAGACUUUAUCCAGGAUGUCGCGGUAUUGCGCGCCCCGUAUGGGAUGGUGGUGAGUGUCGACCGGGCGGGAAUGGUGUAUGUAUUUCAAUAAAUAGCGACCAAGCACCUUCAAACAUUUAUGAAACCGUCAAUGAAUCAAAUGAAAAAAAGUCGACGAAUUUACGGAACAGAAAAAUCAGACAGAUGAAUCGGCCGUUCAAGUGGGCUGGCCCUGAUAUCACGAACCUAAUCGCGAGCUACUUUGCAAUUCCGUGCAGGAGGGAACAAAUGAUCAAAUGGCAAGAG